GGUGGGAGGGUUGUCGGGUGCUGCUUGAAAUUCGGAAUUCAAAAAAAUUCGUCAGUUUUCUAAACUUGUAAAUCUGUUAUUUUUAUGUAAAUGCUGCUUUGGGGUUUCUUAGAUCACGUUGCCUUGGGAAAUGAAGAGUGGAAUCCAUGGGAAGGGGACGAGAAGAAUGAACUGGUUGCUUCUCAGCAGAGAUACGAAGCUAAUCUUAAGAUGAUAAAAAAUGCAAGAUCUCACCUAGAGCAACCCAGUCUUAGAGUACAGAUCUGGGGCAAAGCAGCAAUUGGUCUUUACCUUUGGCAACAUAUCUUUGGAGGGCACCUUCAGCCAGCUGAUGUGACAGCACAGUGGAGAGAAGGAAGCCAAAAAGCAGGGAAAACAUAUUUCAGCUUCAUCACUGGUCCAUCUGUAGUUCCUGGCUACUUCUCAGUUGAAGCUGAAAGUAUCGUGCUAGUCUUGAAUGGAAGAGAGAAAGCAAAGAUCACUUACGCCACUCAGUGGUUGCAUUACGCACAAACGUUAAUUCAGACUCACAAAAUAAAGCAUGUAGCAGUUGUGCUGCUUGGAAAUGAGCAGUGCAACAAUGAAUGGAUUCAACCAUACCUAAAAAGACAUGGAGGAUUUGUAAAUCUACUCUUUGUUACAUAUGACUAUGCGUUGGUAAAUGAAGAAGAUAUAUUCCAGUGGCCUUUAGGAGUAGCUACCUACAGAAAUUUUCCAGUUGUAGAACCCAGCUGGUCAAUGCUACAUGAUCCAAGAUCAUAUCUAUGUAAUUUCUUAGGAACAGUUUAUAAGAACUCAUCUAGGGAAACCCUAAUGGAAAUUCUGAAGCAGGAUGGGCUUGAAAAACUUUGCUGGAUUGCAGCCAGAGAACAGUGGCAACCUCAAGAAACAAAUGAAAGUUUCAAAAACUAUCAAGAUGCCUUGCUGCAGAGUGAUUUGACACUGUGCCCAGUGGGAAUAAAUACAGAAUGCUAUAGAAUUUAUGAAGCUUGUUCAUAUGGAUCUCUGCCUGUUAUAGAAGAUAUAACGACACCGGGGGAUUGCGGAAAUUCAUCAAUGUACCACAGUGCUCCAUUACAAUUAUUAAAAACCAUGGGGGCUCCAUUUAUCUUUAUUAAAAACUGGAAAGAGCUUCCUGCUGUUCUAGAGAAAGAAAAAAAAAUGAGCUUACAAGAAAAGAUUCAAAGGAGAAAAAAGCUUAUAGAAUGGUAUCGAAACUUCAAAGCAUGGAUGAGACAGAAAUUCAUUAAUACUUUGGAAAACUCAUUUUUGCCCAGUGAUAAAGGAUAAAUUGUCUCUUUUGAAAAUCUAGAAUAGAUUGAAAGCUUAAUUUCCUUCUGAGGAAGCUUUUAUACAAAAGAAGUCUCACAGGGCAGAUCCAUUCCUUUUGAAGUCAAUGGAAUUGCGCGAGGUUGGCCAAGAGCAGCAUUUGGCCCUCCAUCCUUAACAAUUUUCAGAGAGGUUGUUGACCUAGCAGGAUGGUAGCCUGUAAGGAUAACAACAGUUUUAUUACUAUUUUUACAAUUUCCGUGUUGGUGUGUGACCUGAUAAUUUUUUUCUUGGGAGAAUAUCUUUGAGCAUGUGAACUUGUUAAAAUCCAACAUGAGUACAACAGUUGUGUUUGCAGAAAAGAGAAGAAUGAAAGCUGUGUGGUACAGAGUAAUAUAUUAUGUAGACUAAAGAAGAAAAGUAUGAUUAUAGCAAAAUUGCCAGGUUUAGCACGAUCAUUAAGAUACAUCCUGGUAAGUGCUUUUUUUGAAAAUGUGAACUUGUUUACUUGAUUGACAUUUCGUUUCCAAGAAAGUGACCAUAAAGCUAAUUAAACACUGUGGAAUAAAGAUGUAUAUUUCAAGGUAAAAAUAGAGACCUCUUUCUUAGAAAUAUUUCAUAGCAAUAUAUUUCCCUUUUAAUUUCAGAUAUCAGAAUUGCUAUCUUUUAUUUCCAUUUAGUCUUGGGACAUAUUUUUCUGAAGUUCUGCUGCGGGACAUUCAUUACCUGCAAGUUAGAGCUGCACAUUCUGAACAUCAGGCCUUAAACAUGCAUUUGCUUGUAGCUUAUCAGAUUUCUCAAAAUCUGCUGCAACUUGUCAACUCCAAAAGACUGCAGAAGUAUAAUAUUGUGUGUUUAUGAUACUACAUGUACAACAGUUUCAACCAUUUUUAUUAAUUGUAGCCACAAGGAUCUGCUACUGUUCUUGUGCAUCGGAAAUGAGUGUGUGCUGUCUGCAGUAUGUUCCGCUGAGCAGUGUUAACUGCAUACACAACCCUGGCAUACUGAAGGUGGUGGUAUAGCCAGUUCUCUGUCUUUGAAUAUGAGCAUGCCAUAUUGGGUUCAUUCUCAUGCAGGAACUCAAAAGCCAGGGCAACUGUACUGCUCAGUAAUACUCUUUUAUGUAAUGUUACUAUCUAGUUC